AUGUUCCCUGCUCACGAGACUCGCGAUAGAAAGGAGUCGAUAGAGCUUGAGCAUGUUGAUAGGGAGCGCUCAGUACAUGACGAACGGCCAAUUGGGUCUUCGUCGGCUUUCCAGUCCCGGAAUCCAAACCUAGGCAACAAAUCUUUUGAAGAGAAUACGCAAGAAAACUCCCACGAGCUCUCUCUUGAGAACUCCAAUGAGAGCAUCUACUAUCCAGAUGGAGGGUUCAAGGCAUACUCCACGGUCUUUGCCUCACUGAUGGGGCUGGUCUGCUCGUUUGGACUGAUGAAUUCGACAGGUGCGAUCGAGUCGUAUCUAGAAAAAAAUACACUCAAGACAACUCCAACCACCACUAUUUCGUGGAUCUUCGCCAUCUACACGUUUUUGACGUUUGGCUGCAAUCUCUUCUCUGGCGCGCUAUUUGACACCUUUGGAGCGAAAAAGGUGGCCAUUCCCGGUGCCCUACUAGUCUGCGCCGGGCUCUUGGCAACGGCCAACUGCACUCAGGUUUGGCAAUUUAUCUUGUCGUUUGGUGUUUGCUGCGGAGUGGGCUGCGCGUUGCUUAUGGCGCCAAUGGUCAGUUGCAUAGCUCACUUCUUCCGCAAGAAACGAGGGCUGGCUCUUGGCAUUGCCAUGCCCGGAGCAAGCAUUGGAGGGGUCGUAUGGCCCCUGGUCUGUAACUCUCUCUAUCCAAAAAUCGGUUUUACAUGGACUAUGAGGGUGCUUUCUUUUAUUUUCAUUGGACUGUUGACGGUGAGUUGCUUGUUGAUCGAUGACCGUCUUGACGAAAUUGAUGGGGACUCGAAAAACCAUAGUGCGUCGCAAGUUUGGGAAAAAGUGAAACAGAGCAUUGAUUUCAAGACUCUUAGGGACCCUGUUUAUUUGCUCCUUGUUGGGGGCCUUUUCAUGAACGAGUUCUCACUUAUUUUGUGCUUCACAUAUAUCCCGUCGUAUGCCCUUAACAACGGCUACUCCGAGUCGUUAUCGCUGAUUGCGCUGACGGUAGUCAAUGCCGCUGGUGUCUUUGGAAGAUACAUCCCUUCACAUCUCUCUGACAGCUACGGAAAGUUCAACUUGAUGGUUGCAGUGUCAGCCAUCCAAGCGCUUUCAAUAUUGGUUUUUUGGCUACCGUUUGGCCAUAUCAAACCCUUAUUCUUCAUUUUCUGUAUAAUCUAUGGCUUUGCUACGGCAGGUACACUCGCAUUGACUCCACUGUGCACGUCUCAGAUCUCAAACCCUAGAGAUUUUGGAAAAAGAUACGGCACAGCAUACUUUUUUGUCAGUUUCGGCAACCUGAUCUGCAUUCCUAUCGGUAUCGCAAUCACUAAUACUGCUGCUGGGUAUGACGGCAUGGUUGGGUUUGCAGGAGCAGGAUCGUGCUCCGCUACUUUACUUUUUGUGCUUGCCCGUUACAAGUUGGCAAAGUUCAGUAUGAAGGCUGUUUGA